UUCACAGAGAAAAUCUCCCGCAGGCCCUCUAGCGUACUUUGUCAACAAAGAGGCUGUACAGGGAGUCUAAAUCUGCUCCAAUUACUCCCCUACCGGUUCCUAUGUACCCUGCUGCUCUGGUAUUGUGAAUGCUUGUUGAAGAGCGAGACACCGGUAUAGAGGGGGGUAACAGUUCACCUCCUGCGGUUGGUAGAGGCAUGUCAUGCAUUCUGAGGCCCAUCUCAUAAGGAUUUGAUACCAAGAUUUCAGGACCAGUGAUGCACUCUCUCUUCCAAGCUGAGGAGUAUCUUGGAACACGGGUCUCAUCCCAAAUCUUGAUUCAUUAAAUAGGAGGAUCCAAGCACGAUAUUCUCACACCAAUCCCAGAAGAGCUAACCGUACAGUUCAAACUUGUUUACUGACUUCAGACAUCUAUGAUUUAGGAAAGUGUUUUCUUCUGAUUGGUAUAACAAGUGUUGAUGGACGCCUAACAUCUGUAAAGUCAAGUGGUAACGUGAAUGAUUGUGAUAUUGGUUUUUUGUUACUUGACUUGAGAAGUCGGUUCCUACUUCAGAAGCUGUCUCUCUUCCUGAAUCCUGAAUGUUACCGGUAUCAUCUGGUAUCAAGUGUUUUGAUCCAGCACAGAGAGAGAAAGACUUGAAUCUCUUAUGAAUAUGGUACUUAGCACUUGACUUUCAAAAUCGAUCUCAACUGACUCUGAAUAUGGAUGAAUAACACAUUUUCUGUUAGAGUGUUGCUUUGGAAAGAUCUGGUAUCCUUGAUCAUUGCCUUGGAAGGUACUGGUACCCGAGACUGACACAGCUCCACUUUCAAACCAAACUUGAUGUUAUUUAGGCUCUACUUCAUUCAACAUCUCUCUACAAUUUGAAUUUUAUCAAAUUCAGCUUUGGUUUCACGAAGGAAUUAAUGAUAGUAUCACUUCAACAUCACUCUCUGUUUUGAUACACUUGAUUUUUAUUUUCUUCUUCAUCACUAUCUGGAAGGUUCAAGCUUGUGAAUAUUGUUAUCACCUUUUCAUCAGAUCCAGUUUAAGAGUAACUUUCAAACCAUUCUAAUAUUCCUCAGCAGUCUUUUGAUCAGUUUCUAAGAGUUUGAUUGGAUUUAAAUGAAAUCAACUUUCUUGCCAAACAUAUUUCUCAGCCGACAGGAUAAAAAUGAUUUCAGAAGUUUCAUGUCAACCAGAGAAGUGACUUCAUUUGUUUCAAGUUAUUUGAGGGAAGGUUUUUCUUUACUCUCAAGACUAAACUUGUUACAACGAAAUACCCUUCGGUGGCCCUAUCAGGGUCCUCGCAUCUAUUUCACUGCCGGUGCCUUGUGCGUAAACUGAUAUUGACGUCUCGCUAAGACGUGGAUCGGUCGUCUUAAAUAUCACACCAGUUGUCAGAGUAUCAUCAACUGUUCUCUCCCUUCACUGUGUGUACCUCUCUGCAUGCUGGUAAAGGAAUGACUCCAUUCAUUUGAUUAGUUGCUGCUUUGAAAGGAUGUCAGUGAGAUGCGUCUGAUGUCACGCCGAUCCUGCUUCAGGACUCUUCUCCUCCUCCUAGCAACGUCUUCUUUCAUCACCUUCACCUUCCUCCUCCGUUGUCAUGGAGGCUCAAGGCCCGAGGACGACGUGAAGGCGGAGCUCCUCAUCGCAGCCCGGGGCAAUGUCGGCGAUGUCGGCAACACCAUCAUCGACAUCAACAGCCUUGACUCACGACCGGAAGACAUCUCAUCUAGACGCCACAUUGCAGAGCAUCGUCAAGAUGCGCAGUUCCAGCAACAGCCUCAGCAGAAGCAGCAACAACCACAACAAAAGCAGCAACAGCCACAAUCUCAACAAAAGCAGCAGCAACAGUCACUACUGCCACAGCAGAAGCAACAACCACCGCAAUCAUUGCAGCAAUUUCAAGAGCAGCCGCCACAGGAGCAACGCAGACAGGAGACAUACAUCAAGUACAAUGAGCCACAGCUACCGCUUCACCAAUACAAGGAGAUCGACUGCGUCGUCAACAGCGAUUAUACCGUCCAGGCAAGGUUGGAGAAUGGGGAGGUGUAUCUUCCAUUCUCCUUCAUCCAUAAGUACUUUGAGGUCCAGGGGCAGGUUGUCCAGUACAACGGUGCGGAGAGGUUUGAGUGGCAGCACAGUAAUGCUAGGAUCUACGUCCAGGAUCCAUACAAGGUCGAUGGUAUCUUCAUGUCCUUUCAUCACUACAAUGUGGAAUCAAGAGAUAGAGUCAAGUACUUCAGUGGAGUUGAAGGUUAGUAGUACUGUCUCAUUGCAUAAUAUGGAUUUUUAUUUUCAGGGACCUGUUUCACAAAGCCUUUUUUCAAUGACAAAUGACAAAAAUCUGUGACAAAUAAUAACCAACCAGAAGCAAGGAUUUCAGUAACUUAUAACAAAAACUGUCAUUUGUCACUGAUGACAAGUUUUGUGAAACGCCCUCCAGGUCAUACUCCUACUCUUGGAGUAAGAAUUUCUGAAUUCCUUGAUACAUUCUGGUUGCAAUCAUAAGUCUAAUGUUAACUAGGUUUUGUGCGAUUUUAGAGCUUUGCGUGUUAAGGUAUUCAGAUCUUUAAUCUUCUAAAUCUUUUACUGUUGAUGAAGAUGAUGGAUGAAUUUAUGGUCUAAACUUAAUACCACUGGAAGGUAAGGACUCCUGUUGUGGGGACGAGGUUUUUAUCCACUCUUCUUCACCUCAACAGUGAUCAUACAUCGUAAUAAAUCUGUUUUAUUCUGAACGAUUAGCAGAAGAGUCUGCUAUGGCUGAUUUACGGAGAAGCAUAAUGGGAGAGGGCAUUCUGUUCAUCAAAUUCGAGGACGAAAAAUUGAAAAUAUACAACUUUGAGGACGAUUUGUUGAAAUAUAGAUGAAGUGCAAACUUGGGCCCUGGUGGUGAAAAUGUCAUGCGGUGACCCUUCACCCCUCUUCAUUCUAAUAAUGGGGGAGGGGGGUUUGUAAUUUUCUCAAGAUGCCCAUAGUUAAGUAUACAAAGAACGCCCCUUCAGAUGAUUUUUUUAUUUAUUUGACUACCAUUCUUGACAUUGA